AUGACGACGAGGGGGAUCGUUCUAGCCGGAAGACUGGGUCCUCGCGACGUGACCGCAGUCGGUCUAGUGGCCGCCAAUCUUCUAGCCGCUCCUCUCGAUAUGAUGACGAUGAUGAUAAAAGCAGACGCGACGACCGUUCCUAUCGUGAUCGAGACCACGAUCGGGAUCGCCGCCGAGACCGUGAUGAUGAUAAGGACGAUCGAAGGAGAGAUGGAGAUCGGGAACGGGACAGGGACCGCAGCCAUCGAUCUCGAGAUGACAGAUACAGCAGCUCGCGGCACUCGUCUCACUCCUCUCGGAGUGACCGAGAUCGUGAUCGUGAUCGUGACUCUCGUCGGAGUCGUCGCGAUGAUUAGAGGCCGGAUGUUUUGGUUAUGUUUUGGUUAG